AUGAAUCGAUUCCUUACUGAAGAAGUAUCCUACUUCGGUGUUCCUGAUGUCAGCAGAAAUGAUAUGAUUCUGGACCAGCAGGUGGGUUCUGGGCAGCUCAGUGAGGAUGUUCGUCACAGAGUACAUGAAGCAUUACUGAAACAGCAUCACCAUCAGAACCAGAAGAAGCUGAGCAACAGGAUCCCAAUUGUGAGAUCCUUUGCUGAUAUUGGAAAGAAGCAAUCUGAGCCUCAUUCCAUGGACAAAAAUGGUCAGAUUGUUUCCCCGCAGGCUGCACCAGCCUGUGUUGAAAACAAAAACGAUGUGAGCAGAGAAAAUAGCACUGUUGACUUUAGCAAGGUUGACCUACACUUCAUGAAAAAGAUACCACCUGGAGCUGAAGCAUCAAACAUCUUAGUUGGUGAACUAGAGUUUCUGGACCGUGCAGUUGUUGCUUUUGUUAGGUUAUCUCCGGCAGUGCUGCUUACGGGACUAGCUGAAGUUCCGAUUCCAACAAGAUUUUUGUUUAUUCUUCUUGGACCAUUGGGUAAAGGGCAACAAUACCAUGAGAUUGGAAGAUCAAUUGCAACGCUAAUGACAGAUGAGGUGUUCCAUGAUGUUGCUUACAAAGCAAAAGACCGCAAUGACUUGGUGUCUGGAAUUGAUGAGUUUCUUGAUCAGGUUACUGUUCUCCCUCCUGGAGAGUGGGACCCGACAAUUCGAAUAGAACCACCUAAAAAUGUUCCCUCUCAGGAGAAGCGUAAGAUCCCAGGAGUGCCAAAUGGAACUGCAGCCCAUGGGGACACAGAACAACCUGGAGGACACUCUGGACCAGAACUGCAACGCACUGGAAAAUUUUUUGGAGGAUUGAUUUUAGAUAUAAAAAGAAAAGCUCCCUUCUUCUGGAGUGACUUCAGGGAUGCUCUCAGUCUGCAGUGUCUGGCAUCAUUUUUGUUUCUCUACUGUGCUUGCAUGUCUCCUGUCAUCACAUUUGGUGGUCUGCUGGGAGAAGCAACUGAAGGUCGUAUAAGUGCAAUAGAAUCGCUGUUUGGAGCAUCCAUGACUGGAAUUGCCUACUCUCUCUUCGGUGGACAGCCCCUCACUAUACUUGGCAGCACAGGACCAGUUUUAGUGUUUGAGAAGAUCUUAUUCAAAUUUUGCAAAGAGUAUGGGUUGUCAUACCUUUCUCUGAGAGCUAGCAUUGGACUGUGGACUGCAAUCCUGUGCAUCAUCCUUGUUGCAACUGAUGCAAGCUCCCUAGUCUGCUACAUUACCCGGUUUACUGAAGAAGCUUUUGCUUCUCUUAUCUGCAUAAUUUUCAUUUAUGAGGCCUUAGAGAAGCUGUUUCAUCUCAGUGAGACAUAUCCAAUCAACAUGCAUAAUGAUUUGGAUCUGCUGACAAAGUACUCAUGCAAUUGUGUGGAACCAGAACAUCCUAGCAAUAAAACCUUACAAUACUGGCAGAACUACAAUAUAUCUGCAUCUGAUGUGCCAUGGGGGAACCUAACUGUGUCAGAAUGUAAAAAGUUUCAUGGAGAGUUUGUUGGACGAGCCUGUGGUCAUCAUGGCCCUUAUGUUCCAGAUGUCCUCUUCUGGUCUGUCAUCUUAUUCUUUUCUACGGUAACACUGUCAUCCACCCUGAAGCAGUUCAAAACUAGCCGAUACUUCCCAACAAAGGUACGAUCUGUUGUCAGCGAUUUUGCUGUCUUCCUCACUAUUUUGUCCAUGGUUUUAAUUGACUAUGCCAUUGGGAUUCCAUCACCAAAACUUCAGGUUCCGAAUGCAUUUAAGCCCACCAGAGAUGAUCGUGGCUGGUUUAUUACUCCCUUGGGGCCUAAUCCUUGGUGGACAGUGAUAGCUGCUGUAAUUCCAGCCUUGCUUUGUACUAUCCUUAUCUUUAUGGACCAGCAGAUCACAGCUGUCAUUAUCAAUAGAAAAGAACACAAACUAAAGAAAGGAUGUGGAUACCAUCUCGACCUACUCAUGGUGGCAGUCAUGCUUGGAGUGUGCUCUAUUAUGGGAUUGCCGUGGUUUGUUGCAGCCACUGUCCUCUCUAUUUCCCAUGUGAAUAGCUUAAAACUGGAAUCAGAGUGCUCCGCUCCAGGGGAGCAGCCAAAAUUUCUUGGAAUCCGGGAGCAAAGAGUCACAGGGCUUAUGAUUUUUAUCCUUAUGGGCUCAUCUGUCUUUUUGACAAGUAUCCUGAAGUUUAUUCCUAUGCCAGUACUUUAUGGAGUAUUUCUUUACAUGGGUGCUUCAUCUCUAAAGGGAAUUCAGCUUUUUGACAGGAUAAAGUUAUUCUGGAUGCCUGCAAAGCAUCAGCCAGACUUUAUUUAUCUGAGGCAUGUUCCUCUUAGAAAGGUCCAUCUCUUCACUGUAAUUCAGCUGAGUUGUCUUGUGCUUCUGUGGAUUAUAAAGGUUUCCAGAGCUGCCAUUGUCUUUCCUAUGAUGGUCCUAGCUUUGGUAUUUGUCCGAAAACUCAUGGAUUUCUUUUUCACUAAGCGGGAGCUCAGUUGGUUAGAUGAUUUGAUGCCCGAGAGCAAGAAGAAGAAACUGGAAGAUGCUGAGAAAGAGGAAGAGCAAAGUAUGUUAGCAAUGGAAGAGGAAGGGACUGUUCAGUUACCACUAGAAGGACAUUACAGAGAUGACCCAUCUGUGAUAAACAUUUCUGAUGAAAUGGCAAAAACUGCUGUGUGGAAGACAUUAUUGAUCUCUUCAGAGAACACAAAAGAUAAGGAGUCAAGCUUUCCUUCUAAAAG